CUCAGGUUCGUUGUUUAAUGUUAUGUGUAGAAAGGAACAGGGUUUUUUUUAACCGUGAGUGUAUUUCGCAUCAGCUACUGUUAAAAAAAUAAGUAUAUAUACUGCUUUUCAGGAUAUUAUCAGGAAAGUAUGGCAGGUAAAGGCAGAGGCAUAGCGGCUUUUACGUUUAAUAUAGAGGCACUGGGAAUCACCAGAGGAUCCAUGCCUGAGACUCAGCGUGGGCCACAACCACUGUUUCCUCAAGUGGAGUUUAAACCAGUGCCUCUAAAGGCUGGUGAGGAUGAAGACUACAUGUUAGCUUUGAAACAAGAGAUAAGGGGAAGAAUGAAAGGUCUGCCUUUCAACAUAAAGCCAUGCUCAGGCAGGAGUGAUGUGGAACGGUAUAAAGAAAAAUAUGUAAGGGAAUGCCAAAAAGUCGAGGAUGAAGAAUGGACACCAGACUGGAAUCGUCUUCCAAAGGAGCUAAUGCCCCAGAAGAAGAAAAUAGGAAAGAAGACUGAUCCUAAGAAACCUAGAAAGAUUUCAAGAAAAGAUCAGGAGGCUUUGCUGUCUAAACUAGAUGAACUUGAGAAGAAAGGUGAUAAAUUGGACAUUGAGAAUGAAAAAGAAGAAAAAAAAGGUGAUGAGAAAGAUGAAGAGGAGGAAGCUGAAGGGGAAGAAUAUGAUGAAGAGCUUGAAGAGGAGAAUGACUACAUAGAUACCUACUUCGAGGACGGUGAUGAUUACGGAGCAGGCAGCGAUGACAAUAUGGAUGAAGCCACAUAUUAAUCUUUGAUCAGAAAAUACUGUCAUUCAAAGAAGAAAGGGAACUUGUAAUAUUACUGGUGAAGCACUUAAGUUUAACCAAUAAAACAUCUUGUACUUGUGUUCCA